UGGAAAACAUGGCCGAUUACACACAUUCAUUCAGUGGUUUUAGUAAUGUGAAGUUCGUUAAGCGAAUAAGACUACUUGUACAGUGCUAAUAAAUGCGUAACUUCUUUAUUUGUGUAAGCAGUGAUUUGUUUUUAAUUUCCACUUAAAAUAUACGUACCGUAUUAAAAUAAGACAAAGCAAUGGCUUCGAAACUAUUGAGAACUGCAAAUAGAACCUUAAAUGUAUUGCAAAAUGGUUCAAAAUUCGCCGGUGUUAGUGUGAGAAAAAACAGUCUAUGGACGAAGGAAGGAAUAAUCAAAUCACCAUACGCCCGUGUUGAUGUACCAAAUUAUACAUUGUACGAUUAUGUAUGGCUGAAUUUGGAAAAAUGGCCGGAAAGGACUUUGACGGUUUGUGCACGUACCGGCCGAGGGUACACAUACGAGCAAGCCUUUAAUUUAUCGAAUGCAUUCGCAGCAAAUCUUCGACAGAAGUUUAAAAUACGGGAUGGUGAUGUUAUCACGGUGAUGUUACCAAAUGUUCCCGAUUUCCCUUUAAUCAUGUUGGGUGUGAUGGCAGCUGGUGGUGUAGUUACUACCAUCAAUCCAAUUUAUACAGCGCAUGAAAUCCAACGUCAGUUACUAAUGUCCGAUUCAAAAAUGAUAGUAACUUUACCGGACAAAGUGAACGUCGUCAGAGAAGCAAUAAAGAUAGCAAAACUAAACAUUCCUAUAAUUGUUAUAAAGACAAACGGAGAUCCGAUCCCUGAGGGGACAGUCGCAUUUAAUGAACUGAGCGAGGAUAUACAUGUAGACAAGUCGUGUUUAAAAAAAGUAAGGAGAACUGCUAAUGAUUUAUGCUUUUUACCGUAUUCAAGCGGCACCACAGGACUGCCGAAAGGUGUUGAAUUGACACAUAGGAAUAUAAUAGCGAACUGUCAACAAAUCAGUGAUCCAGCGAUAAAUUGCAAUGAAGAGACCACAGCGACUCACCAAGAUGUAGCGAUGGCUAUAUUACCGUUCUUCCACAUUUAUGGUUCAGUAGUUGUUGGAUUUCACGAGAUGGCACAAGGCGUCAAAUUGGUGACCUUAGACAAGUUUCAGCCGGAAGUUUAUCUUCAAGCCAUUGAAAAAUUCAAAGUUAAUAUCCUGUUUCUUGCGCCACCCUUAAUUAUAUUAAUGACGCAACAUCCUAUGGCUUCGGCUAAGGUGUACCAGUAUUUGGAUCAUGUUAUAAAUGGAGCUGCACCAAUAGUUGCCACUGACGCGGAAAGAUUCCUCAGUAAAGUUCAGCGCAAAAUACGUUUUGGUCAAGGCUACGGGCUCACGGAGACGGCACCGGUGGUAGCCAUGUCACCGAAAACUCUAUACGAUUAUAAUGCUGUCGGUCAUCCAGUCGCUAAUACAGAUAUAAGGAUUGUUGAUAAUGAUUUGAAAAAUUUAGGACCAAAUGAGACAGGAGAACUGUUAGUAAGAGGACCGCAAGUGAUGAGAGGUUAUAGAAACAAUUCUGAAGCUAAUGCCAAUGUGCUUACAAAUGAUGGUUGGUUCAGGACUGGUGAUUUAGCAACCGUUGAUGACGAUGGGAUAAUCAAGAUUUGCGAUCGACUAAAAGAAUUGAUUAAGGUAAAAGGUUUUCAAGUACCUCCAGCUGAAUUGGAAGCAGUUUUACGUGACCAUCCAGCAGUAAGCGAUGCAGCUGUAAUUGGUGUACCACAUGCGACAAAAGGAGAAACUCCUAAAGCGUUUGUCGCUUUAAAGCCUGGUUUUAGCGCUAGUCCCAAAGAUUUGUGUAGUUUUGUUGCUGAAAGAGUUGCGGCUUACAAGAGGAUAGAUGAUAUUUCCGUCCUGGAAAGUAUACCUAGAAGUGCGGCUGGAAAAAUUUUAAGAAAGGAUUUAAAGUCCAAAUAUUGUUAGCAUUAUUUUAUUAAUUUUUUAAGGUUGUUAUUAUAGAUAAGUAUGAAAGUAAAUUGUAUGAUAUUA